GGCCCGGCGGGCCCGGGGGCGGCGGGGCCGGGAGGGGCUGCGGGCUCCUCACACCCACCCCGGAGCUGCCGAGAGCGCUGUGGGAGCGCUGGGAGUCUUCCUCGGUAGCCCCGGAGCGGCGGGGUCCGGCCCGGCCGCGCUCAGCCGGGGUUUAUCGGUAUCUGGGCCUAGGGGCGAGCUGUGCUUUGAGCUCCGCGGAGCUUUCGGGCCGCUCGUUCCCCUCGCUGGCGGGGAGGGGAUGCCCGGGACCGGCCGGCGGUGCGAGCCGCCCUGGGAAUGCGAGAUUCAAGGGCGCGUGUUUCAAACGUGACGCGGGGGUGUUGCGUGGGAAGCACUUUGGAGGCUGGGGGCAGCUGUGAUGCACAUCUGUUUGACAAAGGAGGCAUCAGCUUUUCCUAGGCACUUUACAGAACUAACUGGAUUGAAAAAGAAAAAAGAUGAAAGUCAAAGCACAUGCAGAUGAUUUUCAAGUCCAGGAUGUUGUCAAGAAGAAGAAAAAGAAGAAGAGGAAACCAAAUGAGUCCAACAACCAUGAAUAUGCUGAAACUGUGGAAGAUGCAGAGCCUGGCCACAUUUCCCCAGUGCUUUUUGAAGAUCCAGCAGCACAGGGCAAGGAGGGCAGGGAAAAGAAGAAAAAACUAAAAAAAAAGGCUGAGAAGCAGCAGACUCUGCUGGAUAAUUACUUUGUGAAGGUGGAACAUGGGAUCAGCAAUGGGACUGGAGCAGCUGCUUCCCCGAGGAAGAAGAGGAAGAGGAAGGGUGAGGACAGCAGCCACGAGCUCAGCGAUGCCAGCUGUGUCCCUGUGAGCCAGGACUGCCAGGAGGGUGCUGCUGGUUAUGUUUAUUCUAAAAAACACAAGAAGAAAAGGAAACGGAAGCAGCCUGAAGAGGAGGAGGUGUGUGAGCUGCCUCCCUCAGAGGAACACAGCAAGGGCCACAAAGAGAAAGCCAAAAAGAAGAGGAAGAAGAGGAGGGAGCGCGGUGGCCAGGAGGACACAGGUGGAGCAGCUGAGCCACUGCUGUCACCCUCAGAGCAGGACAGGGGGUGGCCUUCACCUGCAGGUGAGGAUGGAGGCUGUGAUGCUUCUUCUGGCAUCACUGAGGUCUCCAUGGAGCUCCCUGCUGGCUUUUCCACACCCAGUAAAGCAGCUGGGCGAGCUGCAAAGACUCCAGCACUUGCUACAAAGGCCCCUAAAAGCAGUGCUUAUGUCAUGGAAGACAGCUCUUCAGAGUCUGAUGUGAUGACACCAAAAGCCUUGGGAUCACAUGAAGAGCAGCAGAAGCAGCAGAACAAUUCCUUUGCUGAAUUAGCAGCCUCUGACGAGGUCAGUGUGGAUGGUGAAGAAGGGCUGGACUCUGCCAUGACUUCAUUUGUGGAUUUGGAUACUGCAAGACAAGAACUGGAAGAGUUUAUUCCUCAUGUGAAGAAUAUAUCAGACAGUUCAAUCAAGAAAAUGGCUGGAAGAGACCUAAUGAGGUUUAAGGAGUUUAAAAAACAGGGUAUAGCUAUCAAGUUUGGCAGAUUUACCCAGAAAGAAAAUAAACAAAUCCGGAAAAAUGUUGAAGAGUUCUUGGCACUUACUGGAAUAGACAGUGCUGAAAAACUUUUGUUUACCUCGAGGGAUCCAGAAAAUAAACACACCAUCCAGCGCCUGAAAACAGAACAUCAUUUUUGUGAAAAAAUCUCUGAGGGCAUCCCCCGGCCCUGGAGGCUGAUAUAUUAUCGAGCAAGGAAGAUGUUUGACCCAAAUAAUUAUAAAGGAAGGUAUACUACAGAAGAAAAAGAACAAUUAAAGAAGUAUCAUGCUCUGCAUGGCAAUGAUUGGAAGAAGAUUUCUGAGUUGAUGUCCCGUUCUAACCUCUCAGUUGCUAUGAAAUUCUCUGAAAUCAAGUCAGCUAUUAACUAUGGUCCUUGGACAGAGGAAGAGACGCAGAAGUUAGUGAGUGCAGUGAAAGAUGUGAUGAGGAGAAAGCUGAGAACAGAAAACCCAAGUUCUCUUUCCUCCCUGGAAGAAUCAAACACAGAUGUCUGGAUCGACCGCGAGCAGCUGUACCAGCCACUGCCAUGGACUGAGAUUGAAACCAAAGUGGGAAGUAGAUACUGGAGACAAUGCAAACAGAAAUGGAAUUCAAUUUUAACAAACAAAUUGACCAGAGGGCAGAAGUUGCACAGAGGGACCAAUGGAUUACGGACCAAGAUCACCCUUAUUAAAAGGUUGUAUGAAACAAAAGCAGAGGAUGCCAGUGAAGUAAACUGGGAUGAACUCAGUAGUGCUAUGGGAGACGUUCCUAGAGCCUAUGUUCAAUCCAAGUUUUAUAGGCUAAAAGUGUCCUUUGUCCCUUUAUGGAAAAGAAGGACUUUUUCUGAAAUCAUUGACUAUCUGUAUGAAAAUACACUCCCAGAACUUGAAGAAAAGUUAAGGGAAGAAGAGGGGAAAUGCAAUAAUUUGGUCAAUUCAACAGCCAGUCAGCAGCAGAAGGCUUUCAGAUUCAGUGACAUUUUUGACUCCAAUGACGAGAGACUCAAUGACAUUUUUGACUCCAGUGAUGAGGGUGAUUAAUGGAUUGUCCUAAAAGCAAUGCCUGAUUUGCAUAUUUAACUGCAAAUGGGUCUGGUUGAAAGUGGGUGCAGCUCACCACCUGCAAGUACCAGGCUGCUGACGAUGGGAAGAGCCAGGAUAGGCACCUCUGACUGCCUUGUUUCAUCUUGAAGAUUGAGUUAAACAGAGCUUUUGUGCCACAUUUUAUUUAAUUCAGCUCUGGUUUUAGAAGUUUUCAUGUAAGCAUACAAGUUGCUUUCUAAAUGUUUCAAAAUACUUUUUUUUUUUUUUUUGUGGAGUUGAGAGCUGCUGUUUUCCCUUUAUGAAUGAACUUGGUUUUCACAACUUUAUUUUUUUUAAAUUCAUGACACUGGAAAAAGGUUUCAGUUUGCUUUUAAAACUGUAAUAAUCAAGUCUUAAGACAACUGUGUUGAUGAAAACAGCACAACUUUUAGUUGUUUUUUUUUUUUUUUAAACAGGUAUCUUAUUCUUAAAAGCAACUGCUUUUAUUUUUGAUGCAGACUUACACUUUUCUCAACCCUUUUAGAGAAAAAAGACUUUUGUCUGUUACUGUUCAUCAUUGCAUGCUAACCAAAACAAAUAAUUUGUUGUAUUUAAUAUUUGGAAUACAGAGACAAAACAGUGUAUAUAUAUACAUAUGCAUACAUAUAUAUUUUUAUUUUACCAAGGAGAAUUUCUACGUUUUAAUAAGAAAAUUAAGUAAUAAGAUGGAGGUUGUGCUUGUGUUUUGUAUGAUAAUUUUAACUCUCUGCCUGAAGUGAUUAUUUGUAAAUUGACUCAAUUAAUGUAAAAAGCCCCAAAGAUAUCUUAUUAUGUAAAUUCUUUAUAAGGCUUGUUUAUAUUUCCCAUGUGCUGUUCUAGACAGUAAAUUGUAUUUCCCAUGUGCUGUACUAGACAGUAAAGCAAGAAAACUCAGUCCCUGCUUUUUCAGGGUCAUUUUGAUAAGUGACAAUUUCCCUCUUCAAUUCUAUUAAUCAUCAAUGAAAAUCCAGAACUUCCAAUGGCUUGAAAUAAAGGCCUUGUUGGGGGGUCUGGAAGGUGACUUACAGCAAGGGAUUUUAAAGAAAAACUUCCCAUAUUUAAUUGUGUCUGGCUUUAGUCUCUCUGAAGAUAGAAAGCACUGGGAUUUUUGUGAGAGAGGCAAAACCUGCCCUGCACCAGCCACUGCUUUGAGGCAAAAGUUUUCCAGCUAAGAGAUGAAAUGGGAUGGGGGAAGGAAAACACACACCACUUCCACUUAGGUCUGUGUAUUGCUUUAUGGGUUUGAAGAUUAAAAACUGAAAAACUUGAAUUUCUGAACCUAAAAAGUUUGUCUUUUUUAAGGUGUUGGGUUUUUUUUUUUUUCCUGGAAAAUGUGUGCAGGCAAGAGCACAAACAAUGCCUGGUUGUAGAGUUUGUAAAGUAAAUCUUGCAGAAAUAAACUUUGUCUCCAUGCUGAGAUUUAUUUUAUUCUUUGCUUUAAAAGAAAAGAGUUGUGGCUAAGUGGAAUGCACCUCACUCCAAAGAGAGUGAAAAGAAUACUUUGACAGAGUUCAAUAAAGUUGAUGGAAUUUAAUGAAGUUUUAACAGUGGUUUACCAAGGUUUGAAGUUCACCUCAUUAAUGAUUUAUUCAUUAGUAGUAAUUCAGCUGCUCUCAGUCACUUACCAAGGGUCUGGUGUGAGUAAGGGAUCCCAAACCUUGGGAGGUUUCCCUGCUCCAGGGCAUUCCCCUGGCCUUCAAUCCAGCUGUAAUUCAGUUAUUAGGGUGAAAUUGAUGCUUGUUAAUCAGCAGUACAGACAGGACAGAUGCCUUUGUUUUAACUCAUUCUCCACUCAUUAUCUUGCAUGUUUGGGCUUCAAAACCACCUUUCAAAAUAUUUUUCUGAGGUACUUUCACUCCCUUGGCCAGUGAGCCAGGAUCAUUCAGCUCCAAGGGUCACCUCAGGGCAUGAGCUCCUGUUACUCCCUCCCAGAAACUACCCAGGAAAAAUCUUGCUGAUACUCCUAAAAAGCAGUUUCUGCUAAAUAUGAGCAAGCCAGGGCUGGAAUUGUAAACUUGGAGCCAUCACUGCUCUGGCUGCUUUGGGCAAACACAGACUUGAGGAAAGAAAGGCUUCCAUCUCCCUGGGAAUGGAGCAAGGAAACUCCUUCCCCUUCAGCUCCUUGGGUGAGGUGUCUGCAAUCUGUGAGCACAGGGGCAAAUAAUUGCUUGUUGAUUAUUUCCAGGUGCUGAAAGGCACAAAGAAGGAGCUUUUCCCUUUGCCAUCCUCUUCCCCAGACCCAUGGGAUUACAGGCAGCUCUUUCCCAUGGAUAUUUCAGUAUUACUGCAAACAGAGCAAACUGCAGAGGUUAAAACAAAAAAAGCCAAAGAGGCUCCACAGAAUGAUGAAGAAAAUAACAUUGACAAAGCUUUGUGUAUCAGACUGCAUUAUAAAUAAGACCAUGACAGAUCCUUCAGGCGUAAAAGCACCCUAAAAAUUUGGGUGUUUCAAGCAGAUGUGUCGCUUCAAGCAUUUCCCUGGCAUCUUCAUGGCCUGAGUGGUGUUACAGCACAAAACUCUUCAGCUGUGUGGCAUUAUCAAAGACAGACGAGUUCCAAGGCUGUGUUUGCAGCACUUCAAAGCUGAAGGAGCAGCUGAAGAUCAAACAGGGAUUUGCUUUUUUUCACCCCUCUUUCCUGUAAGGUCUUAACCAAGGAGGUGGAGAAAGGUGAUGGUGAUUUAACUUGGGUCAAAGUUACAAGAUGCUUAUGUAGCUUGAGGUAAAGGACACCAAUAUAACCUUUGUAUAUUUAUAUAACCUGAAUCAUAGCUUUCUCUACAAUGCAGUAGCCAGUAUAUGGUUAGCUAGUUGCUUAAUGCUUAAAUAAACAGAAAUUUGCUAGGUGAAUAAUCUCAGAAACAGACAAGUGUAGCUAUACUGGGAAGCAGGAGGAUGUACAAACGAGAAAUUGGCAAAUGUAAAGCAAAUUAACCACAAAAUGAA